UAACCUUGUGACUUUGCGCCUGCAGCGGCUCUCAUGGCCUUGAAGAGGAAAAAACGCCUAGAGAAACAGCUGGAGCAGAUCGACGGGACGCUCUCUACCAUCGAGUUCCAGAGGGAGGCGCUAGAGAACGCCAACACCAACACAGAGGUGCUCAAGAACAUGGGCUUUGCUGCCAAGGCCCUCAAACAGGCCCACAACAGCAUGAACGUAGACGAUGUUCACGAUUUAAUGGACGACAUCGCAGAACAACAGGAGCUGGCCAACGAGAUCUCCACGGCCAUCUCCUCCUCCACAGGAUUCGGCAUGGACAUGGACGAGGAUGAGUUAUUGGCUGAACUGGAGGAGCUGGAGCAGGAAGAACUGGACGAGAAAAUGCUCAGCGUGGAGGGAACCGGAAAAAUGGACCCCCUCCCCAGUGUGCCCACCACCUCACUGCCUUCAGCCAAGAAGAAGGAGGAAGAGGACGACGAGAUGGCGGAGCUGGCUGCCUGGGCGAACUAAACCGCACCACCUCCUCCGGCCUUCUCCACCUUCCAAAAAAAAUAAAAACGACAACAACAAAAGUCUCUGGAAGUGGAUUCCGCUGCUCAAGAACCACACAGAGGAACCACAAACAGAGGAACCGACACCAGACUGGACGAAGUAUGCACCUAACGUCCGAUCGAUCUCAAAGACUCAUCCCCGCAUCUCCUUCGACCCGGUCUCACUGCUGCUCACACUCGAAACUCAAAAAAAGGAAUAAAAGCUACACCUCACCUCGACUUAUGUGCAUAUUUCGGACAGUUCGGUUUUGAGAAAAGCUAACCGAGCGAAAUGUACGGAUUGGAAAAAAAAACUACAGAUUGCGGCAGUCAUUUUCUGCUUCCCGCGUGUGUCUUCUACGAAAAAAAAAAAACGUGACGUGGUUUUUGAAAGAUCUUGUGUAACAGCGAAACUUUAUAAAUAAUAAACAGCUUCUCUGAUGCGUCGCAAUGUAUUUGGUAACAAAAGAGGUCACGUUAAAGGCGCACUACGGAGCUUUUCCAGCGCAGUCGGCGUCGCUUUUGUCGUAACGAUCUUGCCUUUUUAUUCAGAAUACCUUGAAAAAAUACAAAACAUGCAUUCUUUCUUACUUACUUACUUACUGUGAGCGGGGUCGCCUCUCCGCAGAUCUGACCUGUAAUCGGGUCCGGUCGGAUACGUUUAUUGUCGGGAAUGUUACGUAGUGAAUCUUUAAAGUGGCCCGAUUCGGAGGAGCGGAAAACAAAAACGACGAAAUUUCAGCGUGUUCCAGAGAAGAAGAAUUAAGAUUUUGUUAGAUUUUUCGAUGUUUUGACGUUUAUGCAACCCCAAAAUUAUUUCUCAAAGCGCUUCUACGUGAGAAAUUUCUUCUUCGGAUCGCACCGAUUGUACUUUUAGGAGCCGUAGUCGUCGUCGUAGUUACCGUGUACAUGUACUACAACUCCGCGUACGGUAACUUUUCGCUCUGAUUUCUGCUUUUCCAAAUCGGUAACGCGUUGACAACCACAUCUUGGAGUGUACAUAGUUUUUUACUUGUUUAAAAGUUAUUACUAAAUCGUCAAAAAAACGUUAACAAGGAUUAGUCACUACAAUGGCGCCAUCUAGUGGUAGUGCGGUAUAGUUAAAAAUACAAAAAAACGAUGUAAAAAUGUUUCAAUUUUGUACACCAAUUGUAACUUGUCUUAAAUUAGCUGAUAUAUACCGGCGUUUUUGGAUUCAUAAUUAAUUAAAAUCAUGAAUAUUUAGUCCAUUUUAUGACAGAUUUACACUGAAAAACGAUUGAAAAUGAUUGAGGUCGCCACUACAGCCUUGAAAAACGAGAUUUCACAUCCCCCUCGUGCAACAAUCUCACGCACAGGCUCGUGUUAAGUUUCACACUCGUCUAACACACGAUAUUUAUUAAUGUGACAGUUGUUACCAAAUAGAUUGUAAAGUAAGAGAAGGUUCGUGGAGUUUUGGGAGGUUGCGUGAAACUGAAUGAGUGACAUUUUCAGCCUUUUGGACACUGAGACCUCGGUUCAACAUGUAGUCCACUUUUUACUUUGAAUCUUCUGACUGUAGCAUCAAGACCAAUAGGAUUUACACACACAUAUGUUAUGCUGGUUUAUGAGAAAAUAAAUAAAACUUGUGCUACAA